AUGGAUACGCCACAUAUCGACCAUUUAACUUCUCAGGAUUAUGAUCAUGUUUAUGAACCGGCCGAAGAUUCCUUUCUAUUACUGGAUGCACUGGAAGCAGAUUUGGAGUUUAUAGAAAAUGAGCUGAAACCUGUGGUUUGCUUGGAAAUAGGACCCGGAAGUGGUAUAAUAAUAACAGCUAUUGCCAAACGACUGCAAAACACAAUAUGCAUGGCCUGUGAUAUAAACCCAUACGCUUGUCGUGUUACAAAACGUACUUGCCUACGGAACGAAACCCAUGUAGAAUGUGUACGGGGUAGUUUAACAGAUGCCUUUAAACCAAAUGCAAUAGAUCUAUUGAUCUUUAAUCCGCCAUAUGUGGUGACAGCAGAUAAUGAACUUGAAACGUCUGAUAAAUUUGGUGAAUGUACAAGUGGUAAUCUUGUACAUUCUUGGGCUGGUGGUAAACAUGGUAGACGAAUUAUAGAUAUUUUAUUGCCGCAACUGGAUCAUAUACUAUCGGCGAAAGGAGUUUUCUACUUACUGCUGCUGCGUGAAAAUAAACCUGACGAAAUAAUGGAACAAUUGAGACAACUCGGAUUUCAAAGUAAAAAAUUUAUGGAGCGACGUAUACCGGGAGAAUUCCUGUAUAUUUUGAAAGUACAACGCUUGGAUUCGUAGUGUAAUGAUAAUUGUUUAAAACAUCCAGUGCGUGAUUUUUUGAAAUAAAAUUGUAAAUUGAUUAAUAUAAAAUUUGGCUAUUGUAGACAUGGCACAAUAAAAGGUGUUAAAAUAAAGCUAACUUUAAAAA